UACAGGAAACGAAAACCAACAUCCGUUUUCCUUCUGUUACAACGAAGCCUUAGCUGUGGGAAUCUUACCUCACCAAAAGAAGUCCAAAACUUCUAAAGUAGCUCUUGCCAUGGCCAUAACCGGAGGAAUUAUCGGUGGAAUAGUAGUUAUCUGUUUUGUUUUCAUGUUUGUUAGGAGGUCAAAUGCCGGUAAGACAUAAAAAAAACUACUACAAGAUUGAUUGCAGAGAAAGCAUCAACUGUGUACUCAUCGAAGUUAUAUACUGAUGCAAGGUAUAUGUCGCAAACGAUGAAUACAGGAGCACUCGGACUACCGGCUUAUCGAACCUUUUCAUUAGAAGAACUUGAGGUUGCUACAAACAACUUUGACACAACCGCUUUCAUGGGUGAAGGUUCUCAGGGACAUAUGUAUAGAGGUAGGCUGAAAGAUGGAACAUUUGUGGCCAUUAGAUGCCUGAAAAUGAAGAAAAGCCAUAGUACACAAAGCUUUAUGCAUCAUGUAGAGCUUAUUUCGAAAUUGAGAUAUCGACAUUUAGUCAGUGCUCUUGGCCAUUGCUUUGAAUGUUACUUGGAUGAUUCAAGUGUCAGCAGAAUUUUUCUGAUCUUUGAAUAUGUACCAAAUGGCUCUCUCAGGAGCUGGAUAUCUGGAGGCAAUGGCAAACACUCACUUACAUGGGCACAGCGCAUAUCGGCUGCAAUCGGGAUAGCAAAGGGCAUCCAAUUUUUGCAUACUGGGAUUGUGCCUGGUGUGUAAUCAUCUGAAAAUAACUGAUAUUUUGAUGGACCAGAACCUUGUUUCAAAGAUUAGCAGUUACAACCUGCCCUUAUUAGCAGAGACCAAAGACAAGGUGGGCCGUGGAACUUCUGCUCCACACAAAGAUUCAAGUACUAGUACAAGGGAAAGGUAUGAUGAUGAGUCUGAUGUUUAUGAUUUCGGAGUUAUUUUACUCGAAAUGAUUCUUGGGAGGCCAUCAAAAUCCAGGAAACAAGUGCAAAUUCUUAAAAAACAGUUGGAGGCAAUCACGGCAACCGAUGAUGUAAUGAGAAGACUUGUAGCGGAUCCGGCAGUUCGGACGUCUUGUUCGGAUCAGUCAUUGAAGACAAUGAUGGAGAUUUGUGUAAGAUGUCUAGUGAAGAACCCUGCAGAGAGGCCUUCUGUUGAUGAUGUACUAUGGAACUUGCAAUUUGCAGCUCAAGUUCAAGAUGCAUGGAAGGUCGAUUCCCAGAGCAGCGAAGGAUCUCCGGGCUCUCCUUUUGAACCUCCACACCGUGUCGCCUUUGCAAUGGAAACCAGGAGCUUAUAG